GGAUGCCGCGACUAACACAGGUCCGGGCUGCAGCGACUGUCAUAGGGUCGGGCUGUAAUAGUUGGCUAGAAUACCUAACUGCAUCUUCUGGCGGUCCAAUGGAACCCGACACGAUGGGGCCACAACCGACCACGGGCGAAGCGGGAGAGGAGUACAGGGCAUCGCCCGAUCGAGCACUGAGGGAUCUGAAGGAGCGAAUUAGGCAAGAAGCACCGCUGAGAUGGGUUGACCAAACCAAUGACAGAGGGCCCGACAUGAGAGGCGAGCCAGUUGCGACAGAGCCGCAGGAGGCUCUAAAGACGAGUACCUCGAGCGGACGACGAGAAGCGACGAGGCGACGCUCCCCCGAGUACGAGCGGAGGGACACCAUAGCGGACAGGAGUUCGAUCUCUAGAGGCGCAGACGAUAGACCAUCUACUCCCAGGAACUCAUGCGUCUACUGUAGAGGAGAAGAUCAUAUCAAAAGGGAUUGCCCGGACCUCAAACGGGCAAUAGAUGAGGGACUUGUCGUGCUUGACGACCGCAAGUACGUCAAGUGGGCAGAUGAUCAGGGAGAUGUAUCGAUGUUCCCUUCGAUGAAGGAGAAUGUCGAAGCAAGAAGAAUAAAGACGAGUAAAGGAAUGRAGCCGGUCAGGAGCCAGAGCAUCAAGAUAAUCUUUGAGGGGGAUAUCGCGACCACACCCAUAAGGUUGACAGCCACCAAGUCGGCAAGAGGGUCUACGUCGAAGAAGACUGACACGGAUUACGUGAUGACGGAAAAGGACGGGCAGCGGGUCGAUGGAGAGGAGGUUAUCCUUUCGCCGCGAAAGAGGGGAGUGAAGAAGUUCUUAAUGAAGAGUUCGCUGGACGAGAUUGACACGAUUGAGCCACUGAGGCGGGCCCUUCGGCAACCAAUGCAGUGCUCUAUUCUGGAGUACCUGGCGGCAUCGAAGCCGGCUCGUGAUGAAUUACAGAUGAUCACACGGAAGACUCGCAUACCUCUAUCAGAGGAGGGUCAGGGGGCCCCUAAAGCGGAAGCUUCUGCAGUAGCGGUAACGGCUCCUCCCUGUUCUUCACCUGUGAUACUCAUUCUGUCGACCAAAMCUCCCCCCCCGCCAGUAUUCACCCUCCGCGGCGUCCUUUACGGGCCAUUACCCUGAAGCUCAUCCGCUUCGUCUGACGUAAAUUGCUAGGGCUCG